UCUGGCUACUCUGGCCGAACUCUGGCUACUCUGGCUGCUCUGGCUAAUUUCACGCACAUCAAAUGUAAUUGUUUUCAUCACAUGUUAGCCUUUACUGUCGAAACAUUAAAAAAUCUACUUUCUUCUCGUAUAUAAACAAGUUAAUUUGACUAACGUCUCCCAUACUAUAAACGACGUCGACGUCAAAGCUUUAUUACACUAGUGUAUUAUCAUUUUUAUACGCCCGUUUGAAUAACGGGACGUAUUAUGGGAACCCCCCCCCCCUGGCGGGCGGGCGGCGUCCACAGACUUUGUCCGGAGCAUAUCUUCUUCAAGCAUGGAGGGAUUUUGAUGAAAUUUGGCACAGUUGUUCACCAUCAUGAGACGGAGUGUCUUGCGCAAGAACCAAAUCCCUAGGUCUAAGGUCAAGGUCACACUUUGAGGUCAAAUGUCAAAUUCAAGAAUGACUUUGUCCGGAGCAUAUCUUCUUCAUGCAUGGAGGGAUUUUGAUGAAACUUGGCACAGUUGUUCACCAUCAUGAGGCGGAGUGUCAUGCGCAAGAACCAAGUCCCUAGGUCUAAGGUCAAGGUCACAUUUAGAGAUCAAAGGUCAAAUUCAAGAAUGACAUUGUCCGGAGCAUAUCUUCUUCAUGCAUGGAGGGAUCUUGAUGUAGUUUGGCACAAUUGUUUACCAUCAUGAGACGGAGUGUCGUGCGCAAGAACAAGGUCCCUGCGUCUAAGGUCAAGGUCACACUUAGAAGUCAAAGGAUACAAGAAUGAAAGCCCGCCCGCUUAGCUCAGUAGGUAGAGCGUUGGUCUACGGAUCGCGGGGUCGUGAGUUCGAUCCUCGGGCGGGGCGUAUGUUCUCCGUGACUAUUUGAUAAACGACAUUGUGUCUGAAAUCAUUAGUCCCCCACCUCUGAUUCAUGUGGGGAAGUUGGCAGUUACUUGCGGAGAACAGGGGGGCGUCUUAUCAACGAUCGUACGACCGUUUUUGACGUACGAUUAUCGUACGUCGAUCGUACGAUUUUGCUAGUGUCUUAUCAAAGAUCGUGGGUGAUCUAUGUCGUACGAUAAUCGUAAGAUUGUGUAUAAAGUCUGCGAUCGCUAAGGAGCAGUCGUAGAUCAAACAAAAUGGCCGCCGUAAUAUUACAAAGGCAACGCCAGCGGCGAAAAAGGCGAAAUUUCAAGGAACGUGUGGUUACCAUUGACCACUUGACAGAGCAGGAGGUCGUCUCCAGAUACAGACUUGACAAAGCGUCAAUUGCAGAGUUGGAGGGCCUCUGUAGGGAAGACCUGUCGCCCAAGACAGAUCGUUCUUGUCCCCUACAGAGCAUGACAAAGGUUCUCAUUGGGCUGAGAUUUCUGGCUAAGGGUGACUUUUUAUCAGAGGUCGCAGAUUUGCAUGGGGUUUCCAAGGCCACAGCAGCCACUGUAGUGGAUGAGUUCAUUAACAGUGUGAAUCUAAGGUUAAGGAACAUCAGGUUUCCAACAGAUAGAAUUGAGUUAAAUGAAAUAAAAAGGAAAUUCUACCAAAAGUGUAGAAUACCCAACAUCAUAGGAGCAGUAGAUGGUACGUUAAUACCAAUUCAAGCACCCACAGAAGAUGAGGCAGCAUAUGUUUGUAGAAAGAACUACCAUGCUCUAAAUGUUCAAGCCGUUUGUGAUCCAGAUGCAAGUGUCAUCAAGAGACUGCACUGAUCUCCAAUUGUUGACAAUAUUUUGCUGGAAUAUAGACAAACAGGGAGCUUUUUUACACUUGAUGUACUAGGAUGGAAGUAUUCAACUGUCUUCAAGAGGACAAGAAACCAAGGGUCCUUUUUAUUAUUCAAAGAUUCAAAAUCAAACACUAGCCAUGAGUCUUAACCUCAUAGAUAUUCUAAGUGAAAGGGAACCAGAUGUUCUUUAUUAUGGACGUACGAAAACCACUGAAAGAAGUUGUUAUAGAUUUAAUAAUGUAAACAAACACUAACAGCAUUGUCCAUUCAUAUAUAAAGUGUCAACUGGCUUACAUCCUUCUUAUAUAAAUGAAAUGUUUCUGCAAGUAACACAUCUUUAACAUUGCAUUCUAAUGCAAAAUUAAAGUUUUAUAUACCAGAUACAAACUGUGAAAUUUUAAAAGGUAGUCUUUUAUAUUCAGGGCCAAUUGUAUGGAAUUGUUUGCCAAUAGAAAUCAAAACCUCAUCUUCGUUGCCAUGUUUUUUAACUGUAUGAAAUGGAUCAAUGGAUGAAUGAUUUUAAUGCUAACUACAGUUCGUGUCUUUUGUUUUUUCUUUCACUUUUGAUCACUGGUGUUAUGCUGAAUUCAGUUUAUUGAUCAAUUCAGAGUUGCUUUCCUUAAAUUUUCUUGGGUAGGACACAUCUCGAUCAAGUUGUAAUCUAUAAAAUAAACGGGUAUUAUUAAAAUCCAGACAGAUAAAUAUAGUAUACAUAGAGAUGUUUUAGUACAAGGAGGGCUAUUAUCUUCUUCCAGGGCCAUUAUCACUCAAAGGUACCACUCUCCCAUUUAUUAACCUAUACCUAACACAUUCCAAGACUCAUCCAGGUCUCGUUUUAUCAAUUUCAUUUAAUGGCAUGCUAAGUUAAUAGCAACUUGCUUAAUU